GGAAAAAGAGAACAUUAUCGUCUAGCCUUAACCAAAAUAUGUGCAUAUAUAUGUUUGUUUUUUUAUUAACAAAUAGUUGCACUAUCAUUUUCAUUGAAAUAUACAAACGUGCAUAUUCUUGUUUUUUGUCAAUUGCUAAAGAAAUAUAUUUGAUUCUUGGGUUCAGCAUUUGGUAAUUACAAUGGACAUUUUUUUAAAAUACAAUUAAGAAAUAAUUGAGUUGCAUCCAUGGUUGCAUCACAUGACUCUGGCCUUCAGACUUUUAUUUUGAAAGACACAACCGGAAGUCCCUUCGUGCCCUGCUUGACUGUGGUCCUCCUCAGCAUCACCGCAUCUUCCUCCGUCUGCUCCCCCAACACCGAGCACUGACCCCGUUAGAGACCCUCUGAACCCGGGAUAAUGGACGGUGUUCCCCCGAUCGUCGACAUCGCCAUCUCGCUGCGGAUCCAGCCCAACGACGGGCCCGUGUUCUUCAAGGUGGACGGGACCCGCUUCGGCCAGAACCGGACCAUCAAACUGCUGACAGGAUCCAAAUACAAGAUCGAGGUGGUGCUGAAGCCUGGAACCGUCGAGGCCAUCAACAUGAACAUCGGAGGCAUCGUCUUCCCUCUGGAGGAGCAGUCACGGGACGAGGAGUCGGUGGUUUAUCACGGAAAGUACGACACCGAGGGCGUCCCGCACACCAAGAGCGGAGACCGGCAACCCGUGCAAGUCGCUAUGGAGUUCAUCAAAGCCGGGACGUUUGAGACGGUCUGGCAGGCGAAGUACUACAACUAUUACAAGAGGGAGCACUGCCAGUUCGGGAACAAAUUCAACAGCAUCGAUUACGAGUGCAAGCCCAACGAGACGCGGACCCUCAUGUGGAUCAACAAGGAGUCCUUCAACUGAGCCGGCUCGUCCCCCCACAAACACACAGCAGAGGACCGGAUACCUUCCAACAUCAGCUUCACUAAACAAGGACAUGUCAGCGGGGGUAUUUGUGUUGUUGGGACAAGAUAGCUGUUUGCUAUGCUAUUCUUUGAAGGUUUUUUAUGUUGUUUUGAAGCUGCGGUGGUGCUUUCUGGCAGCUUCACAUGCCAGAAACAGGGUAGCUAAUAUUUAAACACCUAUACAGUGACGUACAUUAACUGCACACAGCGGGAUCAUGUCGGCCAACACGGCUGGUUUAAAAUGUUUUAUAUCAAAGAAAGCACGGAAGGGAAAAACCUAGGGAAAGAUCUUAGCUUGCAAAUGCAGUUUUCUCUCAUUUAUCUGUGUUUAAUGUUCAAACCAUCGUUUACUCUGUGUACAAAUACUUCCUUUCAGUAACUAAACAUCAAGAGAAGCAUCACAUGAAAAGUUACACAUAGCGUAACGGUUAAAGGAACAGUUGGACAUUUUGUGAAAUACACUUGUUUUCCAUCUCGUUUUAGAAGAUUUAUAGACAUUUAACCUCAGUUAUUCUAAUACAGAGAUAAGUCCAGGAUGUGUUAGCUUAGCGUAGCUAAAAGACUUUAGGCAGGGAAAACCCAUUUCUUACCUCUAUGUUCGAUUAUGUAGGAUUCUAAGGACUUCACUGCAAUGGUUUUUUCCAAAUCUGUGAAUUUCUGCCCAAAACUAACCUCUAUUUAAAUUCUUUAGACAACUGUCUCCUUCUUGAACCACCGCUGUUGUCCUGUGGUAGAUUAAACACAUAACCUGUAUCUCUGUACUGGAGGCGGUCAAAUAUGUCAAUCCUCUAAUCUCAUUCUGGAGAAGGAGGGAAGACAAAACCUUUUCAUUAUCCCAGAACUGAUCCUUUAAGUGGAAUUAAAUAAGCCUUUAAAUUGUAUGCAAUACCCCCUGAUAACUAAAUAUAUCUCUAGCUGUGAAGGACCUAUUGGAUGGAAGACACCUGUAGGAGAAAUAACUAUUUUAUCUUAUUUAUUAAAUGUGUGGAUGUGUCUGUGAGAAAGAAGAUGUGGUGUAUGUGAGCGUGGACAUCAUUGUAAUAGUUUUGACUUUUCUUAUGCGUUAUUUAUUGUGUUAUUUAAUGGAAAAAUCUGUUCAAACAAGGAGGUAGCAUGAAGGGAUGUUUCUUGUUCUUGCAGAUAACUCGACAAUUUCAGACAUGUUCAGAUUUUGCCAGUUGCAGAAAAUGUGAGUUUUGAGGCCGAAAGCAUUGAAAGUAUCUAAAACCAAUAAGCAGCAAUCUGUUUCUGGUUACUAAGACUAAGAACAACCAUACAGGUACAAAUCCGCCAAGAAUAGGAAAAAUAGACAGAAAAUUAAAGUCAGGUUUUCCAAAAGAAGCUACAUUUCUGUAGGAAUUUGAAAAAACUCACACACUGAUAUUUAACAGUGUGAGUGGAUGAUGGAGGAUGCUUCCUUUAAAUGAUAAGGCUGGUGUUACUCGACAUUUCAACAAAUCCCAUGAAAAGACCAAAACGUAUCCUCUGCUUUCCUGUCAGUCACUCUGAGCUCCAAGCUGAUUGGCCCCUACUGCUCACUUUAGUUAUUAACAAACAAACAAGAGGAAAUGGUGCAUUUAUUGGGGACUACUUUCAGUGGCAGAGGAAUCCACAUUUGGUACUUUAGUGAGUAUUUGUGGCAGCGGAACGGUGUGUGUGUAUUGGCUCAAAAUAAACAACUGUGUGUGUGUUCAUAAUAAAGGAACAUGUCACCAGGGCAUCAGUGAGGCUCAUUGAUGUGUUUUAAUAGUUUCUGAACAACAAUGGAGCUCUAUGGCACACAGGAAGAAGAUAUUUCAGGUUUUCGGGUCGUAUUAGAUAAAGGUCUAUUCUUAGGAUUUGUUGACAAAAAUAAAAGUACAAGACUGAAACGUUAAGCCUUCAAACACCUCCGUCUCUCCACCUGAAAGAGGACAAAUUCUUCUGUCUUUUAUUUUCAAGCACGAUGCUUAUUGCAGGCUGCGAGUGCUUCUCUUUCUGAGUCUUAUACCGCCAAGGACUCUCUGUCCUCUGUCCUCUGUCCUCUCCUGAAGUGCAUGGCUGGAUUCAUUUAUUUUGCCAAAUAUGAUCUGUUUGUUUGUUUUUUGUUAAGACAUCUCAAUGCAUAAACCUUGUUGUUUUGUUAUGUGUUAAAAUGAGGAGUAUAAAGUGUCUUUGUGAAUAAAACAAUAUACUGAAUCAA